AUGGCGUCCGCCCGCCGAUCCGCGUUCAGACCGUGCAUCGACCUGCACAACGGCGAGGUGAAGCAGAUCGUCGGCGGCACCCUGAGCGAGGAUGCGCCCGGCGGCCUCAGAACCAAUUUCGUCGCAAGCCAGCCGUCGUCGCACUUCGCCGCGCUCUACCGCGCGCACGACCUCGAGGGCGGGCACGUCAUCAAGCUCGGGCCCGGGAACGACCGCGCGGCGCGAGAGGCCCUCGCCGCUUGGCCCGGCCACCUGCAGAUUGGGGGCGGCAUCACCGACCAAAACGCGCGCGAGUGGCUCGAUGCCGGAGCGGGCAAGGUGAUCGUGACGUCGCACCUGUUUCCCGACGGCAGGUUCUCGCGCGAGAGGCUGCGCGCGGUGUCGGCCGCCGUCGGGCGCGAGCGGCUCGUCGUGGACGUCAGCUGCAGACGCAGAGGCGACAAGUGGCUGGUCGCGAUGAACAAAUGGCAGACCAUAACCGACAUGGAAGUCGGGAAAGAAUCUCUGGCCAUGCUGUCGGAAUAUUGCAGCGAGUUCCUCAUCCACGCAGCUGACGUCGAGGCUUGUAGACCUGGAAACGCUCACUUGCUUGUUGCCCAGGCUCGGAAGUGGGUCACCAUCCCUACAACGUACGCCGGAGGUGCCAAAAGCAUAUCCGAUCUAUCCCUGGUAGAUCGCUUGUCUGGCGGAAAGGUCGACCUCACCUACGGCAGCGCUCUGGACAUCUUUGGUGGCACUCUGGUAAAUUUGAGGACUUGA